AUGUUCAGAUCCCCCUUUCUUCUGAUCCGACACCAGUCCACGCAGCGCCAGCUUGCCCACAAACUGAGUAUUCUGGAAAAACUUGUCCACAAAGAUAUCACGAGUUUUGCAGGCUCCAAUGGCUCCAAAGUGCCACCUGCCACGGCUUUUGAGAUCCUCAAGCUGUGCAAGCUAUUUCAGGAUUCGGUCCAUGAAACCAAGAAAACAAAUGUGCUGGAGGACGAGCUGAUUAUCAAAUCCAAUGCACUGAUGCAGAAAGUGUUUUUGGCCGAGAAAGUCGACUACAGCCAGGCAUUGUUAACGGACUUCCUAAAACUAAAGCCUCAUGUCGCCAGCAUCAAGUUCGCUUUGACGUGCUAUUAUAUGAAGAACACCAACAAAGUACUCAAGGUGGAGACAGCAAUGAUUCCCCUCCGCAACUUGCUUUACGACGCCAAAUUCCAGGAGGCAUUGGACGUGAUAGAGCUCACUACAGGGUUCCCCAGAUACUACGAGUUCAAGAGCGUCAAGUGGCGGCGGAUGGUGAUCAAGUUCUUUGCGGGCAUUGUUGGCACAAUAGGUGCAAUGGACCUGUCGUUUAGGUUUUUGCUGCCCGGAUUUUUCCAGUCAAACGUGGUGUACGGGCUGUACGGUGCCGUUGGUACGUUUCUGGCGAACGCAGGGUUCAUGGCGAUGAUGGCGUUCUCGACAAAGGGCCAGGAGAACGGGGCGUUACAGUUUGAAAAGGGCACGCUGCCUGCGACGUGGUACAAGAAGGUGGACCAGAUGAAGAUGUGCGCGAUGGUGCUGGAGUGCGACGCGGAAAUCAACGGUAGAGAGGGCUUUGCAAGCCGGCCUGUGGUGGAGCGUAUCCACAAAAUGGGGUUCUCUGUGAACGAACCGGAGCAGGAGAUCAUGCUGCGCCAGUACUGGGUGAGCUCGGGAGAAGGGUUUGUGUGGUGCGAGCCCGAUCUGGACCCGGCAGACAUCGAAUGGUGGCAGCAUUUGGACAAGAUCGGGGUGAAAAAAAUCUGGGACAAGGAUUACGAGCAGCUGGACCAACACCAGGAGCAGGAACUAAGCCACGAUACACCCAUCAAACGUUAACCAUUACCACACAUACCUAUAAAGCAAAAAGAUAGAAGAAUAUCACGUGAACAACGUAUCAAGCUCUGCCAGCGAAAUGUCCUCUGGAGCGCCGAUUUCCUGCGUCAGGAACCCAGAACGCACCGUCUCCAGCCACUUCAUGCUGAUCGAGGGCUCCACGGUAGUGUCUGCCAGGAUCGUGUUUGUGAGGUUGUUGACAGACUCGGUCUGCGGGCUGAAGCUCAUAGCUGCUGCUCUCAGAGCAGCCACAGCAGCGGCAGCGGUGGGGCUGUUUACUAGAGAGGCGUUUUUGGGGAUCCGAGGCGUGGCAGCGGCGGCCGUGAGAUGCACGGUUCUUGGCUUUUUCGAGUUGAUAAAACUCAUGGAUUUCGACCGUUUGCCGACCGACGACGGAACCUUGUCUCUGACAAUCACGGAGCCGCGUCUGUGGUAGCCCGCAGACACGAGGCUAUCGUCAUCGUCGUCGUCGUCCGCAGAGCGCAACGUCUCGUAGUCGUCAACGUCGUCGUCGUCCGCAGAGCGCAACGUCUCGUAGUCGUCAACGUCGUCGUCGUCGGAAUCCGGCGAGGAUCUCGCAAACACCGACAUGGACUUGGCCCUUGGAUGUUGCGUCUUAGGAUUGGCGUCCUCGACCGCUGUGACCAGCGAGGCCGUGACGGGGGCCACGGCGUAUGGCACCGCCAGAUUCGAGAGUCUUAGAUCCAACGACGCGUCCAGGAACGGCGAGCGCCUGUCGCCAACGUCCUGGGAAUGCAGGCUGUGCUGCGUCUGGACCUGGGCGGCUGCUAGAGCAGCAGCGUUCUGCGCCGCCUUCUUGUACUUCUUCAAGUCUUUUGCGUCGAGAUCGGCAACCACACCUGACACCACCGACGUGUGCUCGAGCGCUUUCUGGCUCUCGAGGUACUGCUGGACGUAGAGAUGGUAGUCCUUGGCCAAGAGUCCGCGGUAGACGUACACCAUUCUCUUUGGCGACGCGUCGGCCCAAUCUCUGGACAGGGAGUAUAUGAUUGUUUUUUCGCCCUUUUCGACGCGCUUGACAUAGGCGUUGAGCUUUGCAGAGACCAGGUUUGAUGUUUUCGAGGACAAUUUAGCCAUCUCGGGGUGUUUUUCGACAAGAAUGUCACAGAUCUGCUUGACAGUCAUGCCUUCGGCCUUAGAAUCGUGGUCGAACAGGAUCUCAAAGAUGGCAAAGAGCACGUCGUCGUCCAACGUAGAGUGCGGGGUUGGCCGUGGCCGCUCGCCAGACACAGGGACCGUGGUGGAGAUGCCGCUCGCCGUGGCGACGGUGCGGUUGGCAGAUUUGUUGUACUUCUUGUGCCGCUCCUCCUUCUUGGAUUUGGAUGGAGAAGGGGCCGAAACCGGCUUAGCUAAGUCGCCGGUAUCGGCAACACUGGUGGCAGCAGAUGAAGUGAUGGAAGAGGGAGUCGAGCUUCUUUCGCUCGGGCUCAGAGGAGAGUCCGGGGUCUGGGAAUCAUGGUCUGAAACAUGGUCCAUGGCCGUCGUACUCAUGAUAACCGGGGAAUAAUCACACACAGGAGCGCUAAAAGCUGGGGAUGAUCAGCUAGUAACGUGAAUUAUACGAUAACACAACUCGCCAGGCUUAGAAUAGAGAGAUAUCCGUCAAAAUCCAGCGCAUACGCACAGGACUCGGGUUCCAGUUUAACUCUGUUAGAUUCGCAAGCUCGUGGCGUACACUUUGGGGAUAUUUAAGCUAAUAAAUAUCUCGCUCUGAUAAGAUAUCAAAUAAGAAAAAGCGUGGAAAACACUGAAAGAUUAGUAUCACGGACAUCGGCGCGCUGUUCAACACAUACACUUGUUCUUAUUUGAAUAGACUCGCUUUUGCGUCAGAAAGAAGGGAGGACCUGUCUCUGAUGUAUCAGUAUCUAUAUUAAUUACGUGAAAAAUUUUUCAGGUAGGGCCUGUUUUUUUGAUAAGGUGCGAGAACCGAUAAAUGGGAGCGCGGAAAAAGCUUGCCAGGGCGUAGAAAAAGCAGGCCGUCCUGAAAUCGCAAGGGCCAUCUUUGAUGUGGCCAGGAACCUCAUCGCAGGCUGUUGGACCCAUGCUGAUGGGCCCGUUCGGCAAGAGACCAGCUGCUACAAUUUCAGGGCUGUGUAGAAAAAACAGAGUCGGUAGUGGAGAUUUGGCAAAAGGGUUUCCACUCAACUCUCUCUAAGGUCACGUGACCGGCUUUGUCGCGAAAAGGAGCUGUUUUUUUUGGUUUUCCGGGAUUUGCUUGCGCAAUCUCGUAUGACCCCGGAAUCGUCCCCACGCGUCACGCUAAAUACUGCAUCAAUACAAAGUUACCCCUCGCUUAUCAAGGUUGCAUAUCGCGUCCAUAACAUUUCCUAAACGGGCAAACGCGUUCUUAUCGGCCAUGGCUGUGCAAGACACGAAGACACUUGCUCGUUUGAUCAAAAUCCUCGGCCCAAAAGCUAUCGGCGUACAAGGGCGGCGAAAGAUUUGCCGGCGGCGCAAACCAGUAAUUCAGGGCAAUGUGAACCGGCUCGUCGUCGCUGCCAAAGGACGACACCUCGUGGAACCACCCUGCCGGCAAAUAUAACAUUUGGCCAGGCUCUAUUGUCACCUGGAGCGGCUUGCACUCUUUCAACCGUGGGAACUCUGUAUCUAUGAGGCGUUGCAUUUUCGUUCGUUUUUCGGCGUCUUGCACAUCGUCCAGGUGUAGCAGGGCAGGAGGUAUUCUAGAAAACGAAGGAGGGUCUGUUUUCGUCUUUCCGUGGCGGGCCUUUUCUUCGUGUACCUCGGAUUCCCUUGCGGCGACAUCCUCAAGACGUUUUUUCUCCUCCUCAUCCAGCGACUCGCGCUCGAGUCGCCAAAGCGCGACCUGCUCAACCAGCGCACCGUCUUCCCGCACAUGUUUCCAGAAUGGCGCUUUUUCGUUGCGUAUGUAGUCGAUGACCCCGGACGGGUAUAUAUUCCCAAUGUCGCCGACAGUGUAGAGGUUGGGAGCAUCCGUGGGCGGAAACAAGGUGAAUCUUUUUUUCCCCGAUAUUAGUAUGUACAGGUUAUCCGCGUGGUCGUGGUGGAGACCCGACGACGAGGCGCCUGGAGAGGGAAGCGAUCUCCCCAGGCCAAGUAGGGGUUGGGACUCGUCAAAGAGCAGUCUGGAAUCGGGGUCCGCGCGGCCCAUCCACAGGUUUAUUUGUUGAGGCACCAGGCCGGCCAGUAAGCCGGGCCGCAGCAAGUCCACUGGCCACGUGUGGCACAAGUUGGUUAGGGGUUUCUGUAGAAGCUCUUGCACGCGGGCGUAAGCAGUAUCGAGAGACGGUUCUUCGUCGUUGGCGGGAUUUUCAUCGUCGAAGUCGUCAUGAAAAUUGUCGAAAUCGACUGAGCCCAGUUCCGAGUCUGUGUCGGCCGGGACAGGGGCCACACCCAAUUCCGGAAACUCACCGUCAGAGUCUUCGUCCGAUACGCAAUCGUCCUCAUCAUACUGGGUAGUUAAAUACAACGAGUGGUCGCCGUUCUUCAGCCUUUCCACCAGAUCUGCAAAUUUCAAGCGAACUCGAUUUUCUCCAGUGCCGUAACCACCGUUGGACUUGCGUUCCACCUGCAAAAAAUCGUCACAUUGUAAAAAAUCUGCCACAUUAUCAAGACGGAAUGAUUCGAGAUCAAACCCGGCCACCAAGCCUUGAAUCAGACAUGGUUUCCGCUUUGAAAUAUAGCGAGACUCGAACGCGACCGAAGUGGCUCCUUUGGCAUCUAUGGUGUCAAUUUCAUGUACAGCGCUAGUUUUCUUUAGGGUUUUCUGUGCGUGUUCGGCAGCUCGGGGCCUCUUCAUUG